AUGUUCCACACGUUCAUAUGUCGACUCACUUCGCUCUUCGAACCCACCUCGAUCCAUGUUGCGUUCAGACUGCCGAUCAGGCGAGCAUCGAACGUCCUGCUAACCUCCUCGCCGUCGCCGGAUUCGCCGAUCCCGCACUAUCUUUUCAUAGAGCAGCCGGAGAACGUUCCGACGUGCCUCGCGCUCGCAUCCAAUUUGGAUCCCCAAGUGGAGGACAUUCUGUCUGCGUUCGCUGCGGACACGAUCGAGUGCAACUCCACCACCGACAGUCCGCUCAUUGACGGCGAGACCGGGGAAGUCCACCAUGGUGGAAACUUCCAGGCCAUGUCGGUCACCAAUGCAAUGGAGAAGACGCGGCUCGCCCUGCACCACAUCGGCAAGCUGCUCUUCGCGCAGUGCACCGAGCUCAUCAACCCGGCGAUGAACCGUGGCCUGCUGCCGAACCUCGCUGCGACGGAUCCCUCUCACAACUACUUCGCUAAGGGCAUCGACAUCCACGCCGCGGCAUACGUUGGCGAGCUUGGGUACCUCGCCAACCCCGUCUCGACGCACGUCCAGUCGGCGGAGAUGCAUAACCCAGCAGUCAGCUCUCUUGCGCUCAUCUCUGCCCGGGCGACGCUCAACUCCCUCGAGGUCCUCUCGCUCCUCGUGUCGAGCUACCUCUACGCCCUCUGCCAGGUGCUCGACCUCAUCGCGCUGCAGCACGAGUUCCAGCUCGAGGUCGACAACAUCCUCCGCAAGCAGCUCCAGGUCUCCUUCGGCCAGCACCUGUCGGACGUCGACUUUGACUCCAUCUUCGGCGUGAUCUCCCGCCAGAGCCGCCACUCGCUCGAGUUGACGAGCACCAUGGACGCCGCCGCCCGCAUGCGCGCCAUCGCGGCCCGGAAUGACAGCAUUCCAGUGUCAGCUUAUCCCGGUUUAAAUCCUCGGUUUGCACCUGGAACAUCGUCUGUCAUAUUACAAAGGAUUGUCUCUUUCCGCGCGCAGCUCGCGGAGCGCCUGACCGCCUCGCUCGUGCGCCUGUGGAAGGAGUACCUGAGCGGCGUGAAGGGUUGGGCGCCCGCUGCGGCGUACCUAGGCAAGUCGCGCGGGGUGUACGAGUUCAUCCGCACGACGCUCGGCAUCCGCAUGCACGGCGCGGAGAACGCGCACGACUUCAAGGAGGGCCCUGGGGUGGAAGACCAGACCAUUGGCCAGGACAUUUCGCUCAUCCACGAGGCGAUUCGGGACGGAAAGAUGCAGGACGUCGUCGUUGGCUUGUUCGCUUGA